AUGACAGCGGGCGGUGAACUUUUUUCGAACUGGUGUAAAAAUCAGCAAAAUUUUUGUUCAUCGUCGCUAAUUGUUUAUGAUCAAUUAUUUGCGUUAACAAGAUCGAUUUUAAUUAAUCCAAAAUUGGCCAUAGGGUCACAAGGUGGUGAAAAUAUCCAAGAUGUUUUAAAUCGAGCAGAAAAUGCUGAAUUUUAUCAAUUUUCUAAAGGAUUUAUUCAGGUUCCCUGUUCGAAUGUCACAUCGUUUGAAAAAAUGCCAAUAUUUGGUAGUGGUAAUAACUUAGCUAAAUGGGCUUCGUCUAUCGAGGUCUAUGAUAUACAACAGAUAGCCAGUACAUGUAACAGCACUGGAAUGAUAAGCCAUGUAAUCGAUGACUUCACUAUAGCCGUGACACGUUAUGAUUACGCUAAUAUAUAUCACACCAUCACGGACUUGUACACUGUCUACAUACUUUGCCGAUUUUUCAAUCGUGAUCCAAAGGAGACGCGUAUCCUGUUCGUUGAUGGUCAUCCAAAAGGCAAUCUGGAUAACCUAUGGUCAACAUUGUUUCACUCAUAUAAGCGUCUUGGACAAUAUCGAACAUCCAAUCAGUCGAUGAUAUUCUACCAAGAACUCAUAUGGUCAUAUCAACAAUCACUGUCACAUUUGGAUGUUGCACGUGGAGACGUAAAAGAGAGAGUUUAUAUAAAUGAAUUUCGUCGACAUGUACUCACCAGUUUCAAUAUUAGUAUUAUAGACGAUUCAUCACCAGUCAACUGCGAUCACGUUAGUAUUUUCCUUCUACUCAGAAAAAAUUAUAUAGCCCAUCCAAGAAAUCCGACAGGAAAAGUUUCACGACAAAUUGGUAACGAAGCACAGUUGUUACAGGAAUUGAAAAGGAAGCUAAACGAAAGUACAUUAUUUGCUAAUAAGAUAAAAUUUAAUUCCGGCAGUUUUGAGACAUUGUCAGUGCAUGACCAAUUGAAUACAGUAUUUAAUUCUGAUAUUGUGUUGGGUAUACACGGCGCCGGUUUAACACACGCUUUAUUCAUGAAACAGAAUCGAGUAAUGAUUGAAUUAUAUUCGCGUACAGCUGAUCAUUUUCGAUUAUUAGCACAAGCUCACAAUGUCAAUUACUUACAUUGUGUCAUAACUGAAACAGAGGUAUCAGCAACAACUGUUGCUGGUUGCAUAACACAAAUGUUCAAAUUAAUGUGUCCACAAACAGUUAUUUCGCUCACGACAACAAUAAGUUCUUCAGCUACCACUACUACAAAACACUUGACAUCUAGUACUACUACCUUUGUGACUAACCUAACAAAUUCUACAACAACAACUCCAUUGAGUUCUAAUACAACAACUACAAUAACGUCCACAACCGUAUCGGUGAAAGUCAAUAUAUAG